AUGAAGUUCUCCACCACCGCCCUCAUCGCCGCCUUUGCCGCCACCGCCGCAGCUGAGACCUGCUUCCCCUCCUGGAUCUGCGACAGUAUCGGCGCCGAGGGCUUCUCCUGCGACAGCGACGACUGUCGCUCGUUCCGCGCCUCGGUCCGUGACCAGCUGUACGCUGGCGCCGGCAUCAUGUUCAGCAACGGCGACGACGCGAGCCGCGCCGUCGCGGAGCGCAAGCUCGCCGCUGCGAACGCGGUCAACAACUACAUCAACGGCAACUAA